AUGUUGCCGGCCAAACUAAGGCCUCUUCUCUGGAAGAGAUACGAGGAUAUAAAAAGACAGAAAAAUGGAGGUCUUUUGAAAGAUUCACCCAACCAUUCCAAGAAAGAACUGCUUAAAGAUGGCGUCUCUGAUGGUGAUAACUCUAGCCAACAUCAUUGUCCAAGUGAUAAAGAUCGCAGGAGCACAUCCUCACACGAGGACGAUGUAAAGGUGGCACCAGCCCCAGAAUUAGAUGAAACAACAACCGAAAACCUUAAGAUUGCCAAGGCUGUGGAAUCAAAGCAAGAAUUCGACAAACAAUGUGAACAAGUAAAGGACAACCCAGAUGAAGCAACAUUGCCUGCAGUGUCUGUAGAUGUGAAAUCAAACGAAACAAGCACACAAAUUGAGGAGGUAGAAAAACCAGGGGCAGGGUCUCAAGAAUUGGCAUCAGUAGCACCGGAUAAUGAUGAAACAAUCGAAAAACAAGAUAGUAAACGCGGAGAAGAUGGAGAGGACAAGACCUUGGAGGCAAUGGCCUCGGCCCUGAAAAAUGUAAAUGAAAUAGAAAAAGAUGGAGAUAAGGAUGCACGGAAUUCGGAACAAGAGGAUAAAGAAGAGGGAAGGCUCAGCAACAUGGAUGAAAGUUACAUAUGUCCAGGAUCGCCGAGUUUCAGAGUAUAUUUUAUUGAAUCAUUGACCACAGAUGAUGAAGAAAAGGAUGAUGACGCAGACCAAAAAUCAUCAAGCGAUCUGUACAGCGGCGAGAUCAUUGAAUCAGUAAAAUCUAAUGAGAUUCUUGGACUUCAACAGAAACCUGAGUGUUCCCUUGAUGAAUUCCAGCAAGUGAGUCAAUUUGAUCAGCUCAGAAGGUGCAAGUAUCCAAAAUACUUCUACAGAUGUUAUCCUUCAGCAAAAUAUGGCAGAAAUUCAGUAAGACCCAGCUCUACAGCUUUCUAUACCUGCGAUUUUUGUCAGAGGAACCUACGCCUCACUCUAUCCUAA